AUGGUGGUAAGCAAGCGUAAGUGUAGCGACAAUUUUUCUGCACACGAGAAGCUUGUGCACAAAAGCUGCUCACUGCUGCAGCGCGAGGCUAAAAAAGUGCGCACUUUCUUGAUGCGUAAGGUGGUCCAGCAAUUGAAACAGCUGCGCCUGCAGCUGGUCGAGCUUAUGCAGGACGCGAUCAAGCAGCAAAAACUGCGCUACAGCAUUAAAAAGCUCGAGCGUGAACACGCGGCACUUAGAAAGCUUGAAUUACACAGUAUAGUGGCCAGAGCGAGAUUGCAGACAGGGCUGGACAAGCUGCACACGGUUUUGAAGGCGCAAAACGAGCAUGAGGAGGCGCAGGAAUGGGGCAGCGACAGUGAAGUGGAGGAUAGCCAAGUAAAUCAGAGUAAUAAUCUCUAUAAAGAUGGUGAAAAGAAGGUAGCAGUUGCUGAUCAACAGGAUACAGGAGUGAAGGAAAUUGUAGAGCAAGACACUGAAUUGGAGCAAAAGCUGAUAGACCGCAUGCUGGCUCACAAGCGAAUGAAGCCGGUGGUGGAAGCGAUCAAGAAGUUGGUUGAAAAGGAGGAGAAAGAGGUUGAGAAAAAACGACGUGCGCAGGAGAAGCGGAUAUUGAAGCGUGGUCGUCACGAGGCAUUGGUUGGCAACACGGGACGCAGUGGUGUGACGCCUACUUCACUAUUUCUUGGCUCUUUAUCGGGUCGUGGAGAAGCAGAUGUCAACUUGAAUAUGGGAAUACAUGACAAUAGUACUAUGUAUGGUGCUAACGACGACAUCGCCGAGUUUUUGGGUGAAAAGAAAAAGAGAAAAAACCGACCGGGUCAGAUUGCUCGUCGAAUGAAGGCUCUUCGGAAAGAGGAAGCUAUUCAGCGCAAGGAUGAUCGCACAAUGGGCAUUUACGCGCCAUACCGGAUCAAUAUGAAUUCUUCGAGCAGGUAUGGCCUAUCCGAGCGACCGAAAAAGGCAAAAUUAAAGGUGACAUCAAGCAAAGGUGACCAGCAGCAGCGGUGUGGCGAAACUUCAUGUGUAACCUUGAAGGAGGCCGCGCCUCACAAAAGCAACCAGUGUGUUGCUUGUGCCUUUAAUGCUUUGGUGGAGGCUGCACACCCGUCGUGGCUGGCAAAACAGAAGCAAAAAGAGAAGGAGAAGGUUUGUUUGACCGCCUUUAGUGGCAAGAAGAUUACCUUUAGUGAGCUUUAA